AUGACAGUGGUGGCCCCAGGAGGGCAGAGAUGUCCCCAGGAGGAACUCGACACCCUGGGGUUUGAGUGCACCCUUGGGGAGGUGGAUCUGGAGGACAUCACUGAGAACCAAAUCAACACCAUCAGAGCCUGCACAGCUGAGCCAGGGCCUGGAAAUUGCCCAGUCCUGGAAAGAUCAACUUUUGAUAAGGGAAAAUGCCUGCAGGGCAUCUCUGAGGAUGUGAGAACCUACAGGGCCCAGCUGGGGAACCUGCAGGACCCCCAGCUGCUGGGGGCUCUCGAUGGGAUGCUGGAGGUGAGGAUUCCUGCCCCCAUUUACCCCAAAAUUCAGGAAAUAGGGAAUUUAAAAAAGCUCAGAUCAUCAGGACCUUUGGGAUCAGGAUCAUCCGGCCCCCCGGGGCCGGGCUGGGCGCCGUUCCCCGCCCGCCUGCGGCUGUGCGCGCUGCUGCAGGCUCUGCGCAUCCGCAGCGUCACCAUCAGCAGGAUGCUGAGCUUCCUGAGCUCCCUCUGAGCCCCAGGCACAUCCUGGGGAGCAGCAGCAGCAGCAGCA